UUACAAGUCAUGCCGUAUUUUUUAAAAACUAUCCUGAUCCUCUUCUGCCUGACGAUAGCUGCUGAAAGCAGGAAACACAGGAAGAGAAGAUGGGCAUCUCAGGUAGAACCACGCAAACAGGGCAGCCCUAUAUUAAGGAGAAUUCCAGAUACAACCAAAACUCGAACAACAAACUCUGAACAUCUUCUCAGAGUGGGUGAUCAUGAUUUCACAAUGAGACCUGCAUUCGGUGGCCCCGCAAUACCUGUUGGAGUUGAUGUGAUGGUGGAAAGCCUGGACAGUAUUUCUGAGGUGAAUAUGGAUUUCACAAUGACUCUGUAUUUGCGCAACUACUGGAAAGAUGAGCGACUUUCAUUUCCCAGUUCCACAAACAAAAGUAUGACAUUUGAUGGAAGGCUUGUCAAAAAGAUUUGGGCACCAGAUGUGUUUUUCGUUCACUCAAAGCAAUCGUUUAUCCAUGACACAACCACAGAUAAUAUAAUGCUACGCAUCUUUCCUGACGGAAGUGUGCUAUAUAGUAUAAGGGUUACAGUAACAGCUAUGUGCAACAUGGACUUCAGCUGCUUUCCUCUUGACACACAGACCUGCUCCCUGGAGAUAGAGAGCUAUGCUUACACUGAAGAUGACCUUAUGCUGUAUUGGAAGGGUGAUAAAGAUGCAUUGAAGACAGAUGAGAAAGUCUCUUUGUCUCAGUUCCUUAUCCAGAGAUUUCACACUACCUCCAAACUGGCUUUCUACAGUAGUACAGGUUGGUACAAUCGUUUGUACAUUAACUUCACUUUGCGCCGCCACAUUUUCUUCUUUUUGCUACAAACCUACUUUCCAGCGACUCUGAUGGUGAUGUUGUCCUGGGUGUCUUUCUGGAUUGAUCGCCUAGCUGUACCAGCUAGAGUUUCAUUAGGUAUAACGACAGUUCUAACGAUGUCCACUAUUAUCACGGGUGUGAAUGCUUCCAUGCCAAGGGUUUCGUAUAUUAAAGCUGUGGACAUUUACCUGUGGGUUAGUUUUGUGUUUGUCUUUCUCUCAGUGCUGGAGUAUGCAGCUGUGAAUUACCUAACCACAGUACAAGAGAGGAAAGAAAGAAAAUUUCAGGAAAAGUUUCCCUGCACAUGUGGGAUUACCAGCACCAAGGACUUAAUGUUUGAUGGUACCUUUAGUGAAGCAGAUGCCAACAGUCUGGCAGGAUAUACCAGAACGUCGAUCAUUACUGAUGACAGGGUCAAACAGAUUCGCCUGUCCAUUGGUGCAGAAUCCAAUUUACAAAAAAAAAGUCGCCUUCGGGAGUUUGUUGGCAUGCGGAUCAUGAAGAAUACCCACAUAAUAGAUAAAUACUGCAGAAUGAUAUUUCCAGCAUCUUAUAUAUUAUUUAACUUAGUAUAUUGGUCUGUAUACUUAUAA